AUGAGGGCCACCCGGCUGCCUCUGGAACUGGGACCCAGCACCCACGUUGGACGCGUGGGCCGGCUCCGCACUGAGCUGGGCCGCCAGGCCUCCAGGCGCAGGAAGGCUCAGAGCGCCGCGCGGGCGAGCAGGGCGCGCUCCCCGGGGAAGCCGCCUGGGGUCAGCGGGCGGCGGCUGCGCGGGGAGAAGGGCGCGUGGCCGGUGCCGCCGCCGCCGCCGCCGCGUCCGGGCUGUGAGUGCGGGGAGCCCUUCCCCCAGCGGAUGGAGAGGGGCGAGCGGGCCUUCUGCGACGGCGAGUACGCGAGGGCCGCCGCGCUCUCCCGCUCCUCGCUGGCCGGCCUGGCGCAGCCCCACCGCGCCCUGUGCCUGCGCCUGGAGAACGCGCUGGCCCGCGCGGGCCGCGUCCCCGAGGCCCUGGUCGCGUCCCGCGGCGCUGGCCGAGCAGGGGGGCGGCCUCGCGCGCGCCGUCCACACGCAGGAGUGGCGGGUGCCGGCCACCCGGACGCUCCCCGCUACCUGUUCGGCCGCUCGCGCUGCCGACGGCUGCUCUGCCAGCCGGGGACCCGCUGCGGGCUCACCGGGAGCCAGCGCUGCGUGGAGCCGGCUGCGCGGCCGCAGGGGCGGUGCUUCGACGUGGUGCCGAGCGGCCUGCUGGGGCGCGGCUUCCCGGCCGAGGGCCCCGGGCGCACGCUGGCGGCCGGAGAUCGAGCUGCUCAGAUGAUGUAUGAGGUGAUAUUUCCAGCUUCAGAAAAUGUGUGUCAAAGUUUGACAUCUUCCAUCCAAGGCAGAAUGUUGGACCCCAGAUUAAAGCCUCAGUGCCCCGGCCAUGGAAACACCCAGGCUCCUGCGGAAGGAGGUGAAUUCACCCAAGAAAGCUGAUGGGUUUAGAAAUCCCAAUUCUUCAGUUUUAUAUUUUAUACUGGGUCUACACCUUGAAGAGGAUAAAAAAAGUCAAGAAGUAUCCUUUCAAUAGCAUGCGGCUCUGCUUUGAAGAGAGAGUUUCUGAAUGAUUUGGAGGAUAGCCAUGACUUCACCACCCCUGAAAAAAUUCCCUAGAGAGAUGCAGAUUCCUUACCUCAAAGGAACAUGAGAUCUAACCUAGGAGAAAGUCCAGGGGUCUCGAGACUGAGCGUUCUCUUUACAUGAGUUGUUGGCAAGCACAAAUUUCAAUAUAAUUACUCUGGCCGAAGUAUUGAUAUUUCGAUAUUUGUCAGAUGAGUUGUCCGACAGGAAGUUUAUGAUGAAGAAAUGAUGGGACUACCAAAAUCCUCGCCGUGCUGCCCUUAGAACGCGGAGCUCAGCCAGCCAUCCUGGGCGUGACCCCGCUGAAAGAGCGCCUGCUCGCCCCCCGACGAAUGUUAGUCAUCGUUAUGCAGAGACAAGCAGUCGCCAAGGGGUGGCUAAUGCCAGGUAGGGAGAUCAGUGAUUUUCUCUCUCUCGCAAGGCUGCUGGACACCCGUGGGGAAGCGUCGGGAUGGCUACUCAAGCUCGGGUGUGUAGCCAUCCCCUUCUGCUUUGGAAAAUGCUUUUUGAUAGGGUCACAAAAUGAAACACUUACCAAACAUUGACUGCUGCUUACAAGACAGCACCUGGCGGACUCUGACCCUCUGCGAGAUGAGUUUGAAGUCUGAACGGAGCCCGCAGUUGGAAAACACCUUAAGAAAAUCUCUUUGCAGCAGAUACUCUCGCCCUCAGGUCACUGAAGGCACUGGAACACCUCACGUGGUUUACUGUGGUCUGGGGUUUGCAGCAAAGAGCUCCAUUCCCAGGAGACAUCUUGCUCUGUUGUUGAAAACAUGUCUCAGUGGCUAGGCAGUGAAAGGGAAACCACAUACUCAUCUGGAAGCAGAUGUAUCAGAGCUCAGACUAACAGAAAAUGCUGGUAUGCUUUUCUGUUACUGUGAAGUUGUCUGUGAAAUUGAGAAAUGAAACCAUUCAUUGUCCAGGGGUGAUGGUGAGCCAUAGUUAGUCCUUACCCGAGCUGUACUGGUUGGUGGACAGAACCGUCUCUAGUGUCCUGGGGCAGGCCCAGGAGUGGACAUUGCAUGUGAUUAAAUGAAUGUCAGAAUGCAAGAGGGACCACGGAUGUAGAAAAACAUUGAAUAGUGUGUUUGAUCUAAGGAUAUAUAUAUUUAUGCACAUGCAAUGAGUGAACAAAAGUGAGUUAAAAUUGUACAUGCAUUGGGAUGUCAAACAUGCAACCAAACUAGUCCAUUGAACACCUUGAAAGUAUAACCCUGUCUCAUUGAUUCAGUGGAUACUAAAUAUUUAGGAAAUAUGUAACUUUUCUACCAGUAUUUGCAUUAGAAAUUAGGUUUGUCAGUAAAGUUGAAUUUAUUAUCCAUCCACUAAUAUAUGAAGAUAAAAAGCUGCUUAUGAACUGGGACUUUAUUCCAGGAAAAUAUAUCAGGAGAAUAUGUAAGGAAAGGGUGGAUGGUAUGGGAUUUAAAUACUCAGAAAGUUUUUCUCUAAGACUAGCCCAAGAAUUAUUACUUUUUUUUAACCGGUGGCUUUACAAUUAUCAGAUCAGAUGUUAUCUAUUAAAGAAAAAUGCAUAUAAGUUCUAACUCCUCAUGCAUAUUGGUAUAAUUGGUUAGAAAAACUUUUAAACUGAGGUCUUGAACCAUCUGACUCAGCCAGAUGGUUUAUGUGGUUGGAUUCUUUCCGAGUCUUUAAGUGGAUGUUCUUAACCUGAAAAAUGUUGUGGUUUGGACUGAAAA